GGGGAGCCCUCUGCCCCGCCCGGGACGGGACGGGACGGCCGCGCGCCCCCACGGCCCGGGGAUGCUCCUGGACCAGGGACCAGCUCCUGUUGCCACGGCAGCGGCGGUCGCCAUGGUGGCGGGGGCGGGCCGGGGCAGUGCGUGUCCCCGCGGGGCCACCGUAGUGCGGAAGUGGCCGGGCGCAGGGGCCGCCACGUGGCGCUGUCGCGUGGCCGCUGCCGGGGCGGGGGGCCGGGCCGUGCAGGGGGCGGCCCCCCCGUGCCGCUGGCCUGCGCGCGGGCCGCGCGCCGGGCCCUGCCGCCCACGGGCCGGGCCCCGCCGCCGCCGCACCCCAGCGCCGUGUCCGCAGCCACGCGCGCCCCGCGGGCAGGGGCAGGGGCAGGGGCACGUGCGCCCGCCACCGGCAGCACGACGGCGCCCUUGCCCCCUGCCCGCGGCCGGGGCAGCCGCCCGCCGGGCAGCGCCGAGGGGCCGCGGUGCCCCUGCCCGCCCCCCGCCACGCGCGCCCCGCGCCGCGCGCCCACGCCGCGCACCGAGGAAGCGGCCUGGGCCGCCAGCGCCCUCACCUUCCUGCUGGUGCUGCUGGCGCUCGCCGUGCUCUGCGCCCGCCUGCACCGCCGCUGCCGCAAGAGCCAGAGCCUCUACUGGCCCCCGGGCCACGAGGGCCACGAGCCCGUCUCCACCGUCAUCAAGCGGCGGCUCCUGUCGGCCCAGAGCAGGCGCAAGAAGUGGCAGCAGAAGCGGCUGCUGGUCCCGGAGACGUCCAGCGAGAGCUCGGACUAGCGGCCGCCGGCUCGGGCAGCGGCAGCUCCAGCCGGCCUGGAGCCCCUCGCCCCGCCACCUUGUAUUUUUCAGCUGAAUAAAGGUAUUUUUUAUACCAGGA